GCUCAAGUUCUUAGGGCCGGGCAGGAAAAAUAAAAUCGAAAAUGGACAAUAUUCGGUGACCCGAGUCUUACGCGUGAUCCGCUCUUAGACGGGUUCAAGACACGUGUUCGUAAGGCAUUGGCCCCGCGUUUUCGAGUUUACGCGAAGCAUUGACCGAGACCAUUCAUUUUCUUUUGUUCUUCGAUAGCUAGGGUUUCUCUCCUCCGAAAGGCGAUUGAGAGGUGAUUCUCGUGCGACGGCGAGUUCCGAAGCUUUUCAUCAUCAAAUCGACGAAGAACGGUUCCCUUCACGAGCUCAGAGAUGGAUCCCGCAGCAGAGAGAAGAGACAUGAAGAGGAACAUUGAGUACAACAACAGUUUGAUCUAUGUGGCGGAUUCAGAGUACGGGAUACCAAGUAGGUGUUACUGUGGUGGGAAAAUGAUAGACGAGGUUCAGGGGAAGGAGGAGAGAGACACUCUUCCGGGGAAGCGCUUCUUUACCUGCAUAAACUACGAGGCUGAUGGGCUCCAUUAUCGUCAGCCUUGGGUGUUUGGUGUCCAGGAGGAGAUCGAGAAGCUGACUGCCCGGCUGGAGAAGGCUGAGAAGGUGAUCAAGGAGGUGCCCAUCCUCAAUCAACAGAUUGAGUCACUAGAGGAACAGGUUAAAAGGCUCUCUGGACAGGUGGAUGUUCUCUCAGUGAAGGUCGCCGACUUGGAGAUGGUCUGCUUGGAUUAAAGGUAAGACUCAACUCAAAGUUUCUGUUUCUCU